UAGUGGUGGUGUCCUGGUGCAUGUGGCCUCCCCAGAAGAUCAAAUUACGUCAUCGCCAAGGAAAAACAACUCGGACACUACCCCAUCCUGCCACCUCAGAGGACGCGACUGUCACUGCCUCACAACCGGUGCCUUAUCUAAAUUGACGGAGAGGCGACACACACGUUCCCAAACUCACUGCCCUUACAGAUCCACUCAAGGAGAGGAACACGUGACACACCAGCGGGACGAGGCGGAGGUUGUGAUGGUGCUGUCGAUGAGGAGGACGAUGAGUUAUGUGACAGGCAGUGCGGGAGGUGUGUGCAGGGAAGGCGACGCAUGCGCAGUAGUGGGUAGGUGGACUCGUGGAGGUGGGCCGGCAGCGGGCGACGUGGCGGACCUGGGCAAGGAAGGAGUGAACGCUUGCUGGCUUUCUUCGCCUCCUGAAGGGACGUGUGACCUGCUGGAAGUGCAGAGUGGCUGUGGUGGAUGGAGUCAGUUGAGGUGCCCGGCCUCGUCCUGUGUGCAGCGAGGACAAAACAAUGUUUCCAUAGAAGAUAAUGAUGGAAAGGUCACGGCCGUGCAUCAGCAGUAUACCCCGGGGCCUCCGGUGUCGCGCCUCGAGCUCCGGGGGAUUUCUCAGGAUGUGAAUUGAAUGUCUCUUCCGGUGUGGGAGGCACGCGCCGGCUGCGAGGAGAUUUCUCGCGAAAGGAGCGGAUACGCAUCAGCAGUCAUGUUUUCCCGGCGAUCCUCGAGCUGCAAGGGGAUUUUUCUUAGGAAGGAAAAUAAUUGUUGAAUGAUUGAUUGCUAUGUAUCUCUCGCCCCAACGGACGGACAUAUACCGCCGGUGUGUGUAUUUUUUUUAUUCACACUGCAUAAAAAUUGUGUACAAGUUCAUCAUUUCAUUCAUUCAAUUCAACAACAAAAUCCAUCAUCAUCAUCUCCUCCCACUUCCAAUCCAAACAAAACUCCACCACCUGAGGGUGAUGGUUUAUCGUCGUCAUCUAUCAAGUUUCUCUGCAGCUGUUUGUCAUGUGGGUCAUCAUUAUUCAUUGCUGAGAACAAUCACAGCGUCCGAGAUUCUCCUGGUCGACGGACCCUGAAAUCCCGACACAUCGCACACUGGUGAAGCAAGUUGUGGAUUUGGGAUCUCCAGGCAUGAUGCAUGGGACGACGACUCCAUAGCAGUCAGAUGUUCGGAGGCUGGCAAUAUCAUUCUUCUCUCCUCCUCCCAGUACGCUCGAUUCUGCGCCUUCCUUCUCCACAAUCUCCUCUUCUGUCUUCUUCCUACAUGAAGGAAGAAAAAAACUACUUUUCCAGCAUUCUCUUCAAACAUCUUCAGUUCCGCUACUUCCAAAAUCGCCGAUUUCCUCAUCUGUCACCUCCUAAAAGACCGACGGUAUUACAGCUUCAAAGUUAGCGGCUGUCAGGCAAAACGGUCAAUUAUUUUUAAUAAAACAAAAUUUAGUUUAAAAAUGCUGUCUACUUCUGAAAUCACAACCAAAGUCUACCUGACGAUGACGCCGCCACCUAUGUAUGUGUAUGAGCCGCGACAUCGGCUAAUCAGGUUGGGAGUUCAAAACGACCGCUGCAUAUGAGCGAGCACACCAGCCAGCUCCGAUGAGACGAAUCAGAGCAGGGGGAUGCGAUGUCUCGUUGAUGCAGAAUGUCUUUUAACGUCCAUUCAUCUGUCCUGGACGGAGAGAAAAAACAAAAUCAUUCAAUCUUUUGUGAUCUAAAUUAAAAAAGUCAAAGGAAUUUUUUAUAUCUGUUCUUUCCGCGUGUAAUGAAUGAAUGGCCCUUUAAUAAAACGCGUUUAUUAAUUAACAAAUAAAUCUCUACCUCACAACGUCUCCCUCCACGUGUAGCUUUUUCAUUAUCUUAAUUCCAACACCUCCAUGCGCAUGAUGAUUAUUAGUAUUAUUUUCAAGGAUCACAUUUAAGUGAAGGUUUGGUACUUUAAAAAAAAAAAAAAAAACUUGAGAGCCAACCAUUAAGAGCUAAAAUUUUUAACCCUUUACCACGCGCCCUACACACCUAAAAAUACUCUACAAUACUCGCCAGCAUUUCCUUCAAUCCUCUUACCGCCGAUAAACUAAGCCGGGUUGUGUUGGGAAUUAUGAAUGUAAAGGUUCUUAUAUUUUCUAACAAUAAACGUUUUUUCUACAA